AUGGCUAUGGAGGAAGGUGAUUUGGGCGGUGGUUGGUUUCUUGGUUGGGUCGAGGAGGUGGGAGGUGGUCCGGUUGUGUUAUUGGGAGUGGUCUUGGCUGGCGUUGGAAUUUCCCUACUACAGGUUAAUUUAAGUGUUACAGUAGUGCUAGGAAUUAUGAUACUUGGACGCCUCUUUAGAAGAAAACAAGGUCCUUCAGCCUUGGAACAAAGAUUGAUUGAUCCUCACUCAAAUCCAGAACCAGAAAAUGGCUUUGGAAUCCCUUUCUUCUCUUACAAGGAGCUCGAAAAAGCUACAAAUAAUUUCAACCGUGCCACAAAACUUGGAAAAAAUGUUUACUAUGGAAAACUGCAAGAUGGUAGGGAAGUUGCUGUCAAGCGCCUAUUAUCAUAUGACUGUGGACAUAACUUCAGGCAAGAAGAACAAAAGUUCAAGAAUGAAAUUGUGAUCCUUAAUAACAUGAGCCAUAGAAAUCUUGUGUCCCUCUAUGGCUGCACUCCAUAUCAUGACACAGAUGGGCUACUGCUUGUGUAUGAAUAUGUUCCAAAUGGGAGUCUUGCUAAUCAUCUCCAUGGGGAUUUAGCAAGGUCUACCACACUGCCGUGGCAUGCCAGAAUGAAAAUUGCCAUAGAGACAGCAAGUUCAUUGGCUAAACUGCAUGCUUUUGACAUCAUUCACUGUGAAGUGGAAACCAAAAACAUUCUCCUUACCAACAGUUUCAGUGUUAAAGUUGCACACUUUGGCUUUUCAUGGUUAUUCCACGAUAUGGACCAUACAGUUGUAAUGGCCCCAGGUUGCUUUACCCCAGUACUUAACUUAAGUAGCAAGAGCGAUGUAUAUUGUUUUGGAGUUGUGCUCAUUGAGUUAAUAUCAUCUAGGCCUGCUUCUGAGCAUAAGUAUAUCAUUGACUUCUCAAACCUAGCCAUAAAGAAGAUUUCAUUUAGCAAGCUGGUAGAUCCUUCUCUUGGUUUUGAUUCAGACAAGGAGGUUAAGACCAUGAUAGUUUCAGUGGUAAAAUUAGCUUUUCAAUGUUUGCAAUGGGAAAAGAAAUUGAGACCUUCCAUGGAUGAUGUUUUGAAGGAACUCAUGAGAAAUUGA